AUGGAGCUCGGAUGGUUCUAUUCAGGCCGCCAGAUCGCACGUUAUAUUCCUAGCCGUAUAACAACAUUGAAACCGCCACGGUCGAAGCUCAAGAAUCCGUGGACCAUCGUGAAAUCGUUGGACGCGCAUCAAUGGAACUUGUUCCUUAUCGGCCUGUUUUCGUGGGCCUGGGAUGCUUUUGAUUUCUUCACGGUCUCGUUGACCUUGACUGAGAUCGCCGAGGCUUUCGACAAACAGCCGUCAGAUGUCUCUUGGGGAAUCACAAUCACCUUGAUGCUUCGCUCUGUCGGGGCCUUGAUCUCAGGUAGCUUGAGUGACCGAUACGGACGUAAAUGGCUCAUGGUCGGCAACCUCUUCCUCUUUAUCAUACUAGAGCUGGCAUCUGGGUUCUGCAAUUCUUUGGGCCCUUUCCUGGCUGUAAGAGCACUGUACGGGAUUUGCAUGGGAGGCUUGCUGGGACCGGCCGCUUCGACUGCUCUUGAAGACCUACCUUACGAUGCUCGCGGCAUUGCCUCUGGGUUAUUUCAGCAGGGAUACGCCAUUGGAUACCUUCUCGCCGCUAUCUUCUAUCGUGCGCUGGUGCCCACGACUUCCCAUGGCUGGCGAUCUCUCUUCUGGUUCGGAGCUGGACCGCCGAUUCUCCUCAUCAUAUGGCGGAUCUACUUACCAGAGACCAACUACUUCCAGGUUGUCAAGGCUGAGCGUGAAGCCAAACACGCUGCUAAACACUCAGAGGCGGACGGAAAGAACAAGGCCGGAGCGCUCAAAUCCUUUCUCCACGAGGCCAAUGACGCUUUCCGAGGCAACUGGGUCCUGUUCAUAUACAUGGUUGUCCUUAUGAGCGGGUUCAACAGUGUAUCGCAUGGGUCUCAAGAUCUGUACCCGACGUUCCUAAAGGAUCAAGUCGGCUUCGGGGACACCAUGACGACUGUCACCACUGUCGUCGGACAGAUCGGAGCAAUCCUUGGCAGUACUACUCUGGGUUACUUCUCGAGCUUCAUUGGGAUCCGUUUAACGAUGAUGAUCGCAUGUGUCUUUGGGGGAGCAAUCGUGCCAGCAUACAUGCUCCUCCGAACCAAGAGUCUGGUCGCCUCGACUUUCUUCGAACAGGUCUUUGUUGGAGGUGUUUGGGGUCCAAUUCCCGUCCACUUGGUCGAACUGAGCCCGCCGCAUGUCCGAGCUUUAUUCUACAGCUUCACAUACCAGCUUGGGAACCUUGCUUCCUCCGCCUCCUCGACAAUUGAAGCUACCAUCGGAGAACGCUUCCCUUUGGCCGACAACCCCGAGACGGGCGCAUCGAGAUACAACUACGGCAAGGUCAUUGGUAUUUUCCUGGGAGCUGUGUGGGUUUACAUUCUGCUGUUCGUGUUUGUUGGACCGGAGAUGACCCAGUCGGAGCGAGACGAAGAAGCUGCCACUGUUCUCGAGUACGAGGCGAUGAGAGCACAGGGCGUCAGUCUGGCUGAGAUUGGAGCCGGCAGGGCCAAGAGCGAGAAGGUCGAUAGGGAGAUGGAUGCUGAGCAUAUUGAUGAUGUUGAGAAGGCGUCGAGGUAA